AUGGAGGGAAACACAGAUUGCGAACCUUGCUACUCUCGAGUCUCGUUCAACGUAGCAGAAAACUUGUCAAUCAUAGUACAUAACAACGUAUAUGGCUCGUCACCCGUGGUCUUCUUCACAUAUUCGGCCAACCUUUCUCCCCGCUCGGCUGGUGUCUUUUCGUUCAUUAGAGUCACGGAACGAUUGUUGCACACCUCGUCUAGUGCUUUACAAACUUCGCACUACCUAUACAUUACCUAUGGUCAACCUGGUCGCUCAACAGUUACGCCCCUGCCGCUAGAUAGUUCAAGGGCCAAGGAAUAUGCAUGGUGCGAAGGGUCGUGGAGUUCGGCAUCUGUGAAUACAGUUGGUCGAUGCCAGUCUUGA